UAUUUUACUUUUAAUCAUAGUCAGGCGGUGCAGGCAGGCAAUGUGUUGUAUGUUUCUGGUUCUUUAGGCCUAGAUGAGAAGACGUUGAAACCGGUCGAGGGUGGAGCAGCAGCUGAGGCUAGGCAAUCACUAAAAAAUAUCCAUGCGAUACUUAAACAUGCUGGCACUUCAUUCGAUAAAAUUGCCAAGACCACAAUAUUGCUGAGUGAUAUUAAUAACGCGAAGUUUGUAAACGAAGUCUAUCAAGAAUUUGUAAAAGAACCAUAUCCAGCCAGAUCUACUUAUCAAGUAGCUAAAUUACCAUUGGACGCGCUCGUGGAAAUCAAAGUGAUAGCUAUUGUUGAAUAAUGAUUUGUCAAUUGCCACCAUUUGUAAAAUUCCAAGACUAUAAUUGCUAUUCUAAUAAGGCAAUUAUAAGUUGUAAAAUAUUUUUUAUUAUCUAGUAUAAUUUGGAUAA